UCUUACGGAGUCUUGUCGUGGACGCGGGUCGCAGUCAGACCCUUCUCACCUGUGAAUGAUAAAGUGGGCGGAUCAUAGUUUCGAUAUGUCCACCCUAUUUCAGCCACGCCCGGCGCAGAGACAACAGAAAGGGACAUAAUUGAGAAGGGAAGCACCUGCAGUACGGUUUUUGGAGUCGCGUGGAAUGAGUUGCCUUUGCAUACACGGAAACCGAUAGAGCAACCGAAUUCACUCCGUAGUGCCGACAACCGAGCAGAAGCCACUGUUCUGGCUCACGUUCCUUUUCUCCAGCCUUCCUCCUGGUGUGGUCUUACCGUUAUUGUCUUCGUCCUCCAGCCGCCAUGUCGGAAGCGGACAAGUUCCUCUACAGAGAUAGUGGGAAGGUCGCCAACCCCCUAGACCAGGCCGACUGGGCCACCAAGAAGCUCGUAUGGAUCCCUUCGGAGACGCUGGGGUUCGUGGCCGGCUCCAUCAAGGAAGAGAAGGGAGAAGAGUGUGUGGUGGAGCUAGCCGACACAGGCAAGAAGGUGACGGUGAACAAGGACGAUAUCCAGAAGAUGAACCCUCCCAAGUUCAGUAAGGUGGAGGACAUGGCCGAGCUCACGUGUUUGAACGAGGCCUCGGUGCUGCACAACCUCAAGGACCGCUACUACUCUGGCCUCAUCUACACGUACUCUGGCCUCUUCUGUGUGGUGAUAAACCCCUACAAGUACCUUCCCAUCUACUCCGAGAACAUCAUAGAGAUGUACAAGGGCAAGAAGAGACACGAGAUGCCCCCUCACAUCUACGCCAUCACAGACACCGCUUACAGGAGCAUGAUGCAGGAUCGUGAAGAUCAGUCCAUCCUCUGCACAGGAGAAUCAGGAGCUGGGAAGACUGAGAACACCAAGAAAGUGAUCCAGUAUCUGGCACACGUUGCCUCUUCCUUUAAGUCGAAGAAAGACCAGGGUGCAGCGUUAGCACAUGGGGAGCUAGAGAAACAACUUCUGCAGGCUAACCCCAUCCUAGAGGCCUUUGGAAACGGCAAGACGGUCAAGAAUGACAACUCCUCCAGAUUCGGGAAGUUCAUCCGGAUCAACUUUGACGUCAAUGGAUACAUUGUGGGAGCCAACAUUGAAACUUAUCUGCUGGAGAAGUCCAGAGCCAUCCGGCAGGCUAAGGAUGAAAGGGCCUUCCAUGUCUUCUAUUACAUGCUCACGGGAGCUGGGGACAAAAUGCGCUCUGAGCUGUGUCUGGAGGACUACAACAACUACCGCUUCCUGACCCACGGGAACGUGACCAUCCCUGGUCAGCAGGACCGUGACCUGUUUGUAGAGACCAUGGACGCCUUCAACAUCAUGAGCAUCCCAGAGGAGGAGCGGAUAGGUCUUCUGAAGACUGUGUCCGCCGUUCUCCAGCUGGGGAACAUGAGCUUCAAGAAGGAGCGCAACUCUGACCAGGCCUCCAUGCCUGACGACACAGCGGCCCAGAAAGUGUGCCACCUGCUGGGCAUGAACGUGACCGACUUCACCCGGGCCAUCCUGUCCCCCAGGAUCAAGGUGGGCAGGGACUAUGUUCAGAAGGCCCAGACCCAGGAGCAGGCUGAGUUUGCAGUGGAGGCCCUGGCCAAAGCCUCCUACGAGAGGAUGUUCCGCUGGCUGGUGAUGAGGAUCAACAAGGCCCUGGACAAGACCAAGAGACAGGGAGCCUCCUUCAUCGGCAUCCUGGACAUCGCUGGCUUUGAGAUCUUUGAGCUGAACUCGUUUGAGCAGCUGUGCAUCAACUACACCAACGAGAAGCUUCAGCAGCUGUUCAACCACACCAUGUUCGUCCUGGAGCAGGAAGAGUACCAGAGGGAGGGCAUCGAGUGGAGUUUCAUCGACUUCGGCCUGGACCUGCAGCCCUGUAUCGACCUCAUCGAGAAGCAUGCCAGUCCUCCUGGUGUGCUGGCUCUGCUGGAUGAGGAGUGCUGGUUCCCCAAGGCCACGGACAAGAGCUUUGUGGAGAAGGUGGUUCAGGAGCAGGGCAACAACCCCAAAUUUCAGAAGCCCAAGAAACUCAAGGACUCUGCCGACUUCUGCAUCAUCCACUACGCUGGAAAAGUGGACUACAAGGCAGAUGCGUGGCUGAUGAAGAACAUGGACCCCCUGAAUGACAACGUGGCCUCGCUGCUUAACCAGUCCACUGACAAGUUUGUGUCGGAGCUCUGGAGAGACGUGGACCGUAUUGUGGGCCUGGACAAAGUUGCUGGGAUGUCUGACGGGGGGAUACACGGGGCCACGAAGAUCCGUAAGGGCAUGUUCCGCACCGUGGGCCAGCUCUACAAGGAGCAGCUGUCCAACCUCAUGACCACUCUCAGGAACACCAACCCCAACUUUGUCCGCUGCAUCAUCCCCAACCACGAGAAGAAGGCUGGUAAGCUGGAGCCCCAUCUGGUUCUGGACCAGCUGAGGUGUAAUGGAGUUCUGGAGGGAAUCCGUAUCUGCAGACAGGGCUUCCCCAACCGCAUCGUCUUCCAGGAGUUCAGACAGAGAUAUGAGAUCCUCACUCCCAGCGCCAUUCCCAAGGGAUUCAUGGACGGCAAACAAGCCUGUGUGCUCAUGAUCAAGGCCCUAGAGCUGGAUUCCAACCUGUUCCGGAUUGGCCAGAGUAAGGUGUUUUUCCGGGCUGGCGUCUUGGCCCACCUGGAGGAGGAGAGGGACAUUAAGAUCACUGACAUCAUCAUCAGCUUCCAGUCCUGGUGUCGUGGAUACGUGGCCCGCAAAGCCUUCACGAAGAGACAGCAGCAGCUGACUGCUAUGAAGGUGAUCCAGAGGAACUGUGCUGCUUACCUCAAACUCAGGAACUGGCAGUGGUGGAGGCUCUUCACCAAGGUGAAGCCUCUGCUGCAGGUGACCAGGCAGGAGGAGGAGAUGCAGGCUCGGGAGGAUGAGCUGGAGAAGACCAAGGCGAGGCAGCAACAGACCGAGGAGCAGCUGCAGGAGUUCGAGGCCAAGCAGCAACAGCUGAAUGCAGAGAAGCUAGCCCUGCAGGAGCAGCUGCAGGCGGAGACGGAGCUGUGUGCCGAGGCGGAGGACAUGCGCUCCAAGCUGGCCACCAGGAAGCAGGAGCUGGAGGAGAUCCUCCACGACCUGGAGUCCAGAGUAGAGGAGGAAGAGGAGAGGGUCACCCAGCUACAGACCGAGCGGAAGAAGAUGCAGACCAACAUUACGGACCUGGAGCAGCAGCUGGAUGAGGAGGAGGCAGCCAGGCAGAAGCUGCAGCUGGAGAAGAUGACCACCGAUGCCAAGCUGAAGAAGAUCGAGGAGAAUGUCAUGGUGCUGGAUGACCAGAACAACAAACUCAAUAAGGAGAAGAAGCUGUUGGAGGAACGUAUCUCUGAGUUCACCACCAACCUGACUGAGGAGGAGGAGAAGUCCAAGAGCCUGCAGAAACUCAAGAACAAGCACGAGGCCAUGAUCACUGACCUGGAGGACCGGCUGAGGAAGGAGGAGAAGAGUCGUCAAGAGCUUGAAAAGAACCGCAGGAAGCUGGAGGGAGACUCCACGGAGCUGAAUGACCAGAUGGCUGACCUGCAGGCCCAGAUAGCUGAGCUCCGAGCCCAACUGGCCAAGAAGGAGGAGGAGCUAAUGGCUGCUCUUGCCAGGAUUGAGGAGGAGGCCGCGGCCAAGAACACAGCCCAGAAGAAGAUCCGGGAGCUGGAGGCCCAGCUUUCUGAGCUGCAGGAGGACCUGGAGCUGGAAAGGGCUGCGAGGGCCAAGGCUGAGAAACACCGCAGGGACCUGGGAGAGGAGCUGGAGGCUCUGAAGACUGAGCUGGAGGACACACUGGACUCUACUGCAACACAGCAGGAGCUCAGAACCAAGCGUGAGACUGAGGUGACUCAGCUCAAGAAGGUUUUGGAGGACGAGGCCAAGGUGCACGAGCUGCAGGUGGCCGACAUGAGGCACAAACACAACCAGGCCUUCGACGAGCUCAACGAACAGCUGGAGCAGGCCAAGAGGAACAAGGCGUCAGUGGAGAAAGCCAAGCAGGCUAUGGAAAGCGAACAUAAUGAGCUGGCCAUCGAGCUGAAGACCCUGACCCAGGGGAAGAGUGAGUCGGAGCAGCGCAGGAAGAAGGCUGAGACCCAGGUCCAGGAACUGCAGAUCAAACACACUGAGAGCGAGAGGCAAAGGAAGGAGCUGGCUGACAAGGUGGCCAAGAUGCAGUCUGAGCUGGACAACGUCAACAGCGUGUUGAGUGUGGUGGAGGGCAAGUCCAUCAAGGCAACUAAAGACUGUUCCACUGUGGAGUCUCAACUGCAGGAUGUACAGGCGCUGCUCCAGGAGGAAACGCGUCAGAAGCUCUCCUUCUCCACUCGUCUGCGUCAGAUGGAGGAGGACCAGAACAACCUGAGGGAGACGCUGGAGGAAGAGGAGCAGGGCAAGAAGAACACGGAGAAGCAGCUCUACACCCUCCAAGCUCAGCUGACGGAGAUGAAGAAGAAGAUGGAGCUGGAGACCCAGUCCCUGGAGGGGGCGGAGGAGAACAAGAAACGGAUGCAGCGGGAGCUGGAGGGCGUGGUCCAACAGCUGGAGGAGAAGGCAUCGGCCUACGACAAGCUGGACAAGACCAAGACUCGUCUGCAGCAGGAGCUGGAUGACAUGAUGGUGGACCAGGACAACCUCAGGCAGACUGUGUCCAACCUGGAGAAGAAGCAGAAGAAGUUUGACCAGAUGCUGACUGAGGAGAAGACCAUUUCCAGCCGGAAUGCUGAGGAGAGGGACCGGGCUGAGGCAGAGGCCAGGGAGAAGGAAACGCGGGCCCUGACUCUGACCCGCGAGCUGGAGACUAUUAAGGACCUGAAGGGUGAACUGGACCGGGCCAACAAGGUCCUCAAGGCAGAGAUGGAGAACCUGGUCUCAUCGAAGGACGACGUCGGUAAAAGUGUCCACGAGCUGGAGAAAGCGAAGCGGGCCAUGGAUCAACAGCUGGAGGAGAUGCGUGUGCAACUGGAGGAGCUGGAGGAUGAGCUGCAGACCACGGAGGAUGCCAAGCUGCGUCUGGAGGUCAACAUGCAGGCCAUGAAGGCCCAGUCCGACAGGGACCUGCAGGCCAGAGAUGAGCAGGGUGAAGAGAGGAGGAAGCAGCUGGUCAAACAGGUGCGUGAGAUGGAGACUGAGCUGGAGGAUGAGCGCCGGCAGAAAGUCCUGGCCACGGCUGCUAAGAAGAAGCUGGAGGCGGACCUGGGAGAGCUGGAGGCGGGCAUCGACAUGGCCAACAAGGGCCGUGACGAGGCCCUCAAACAGCUGAAGAAACUGCAGGCCCUGUUGAAAGAUCAGAUGAGGGAGCUGGAGGAUCUGCGUCUCUCCAGGGAAGAGGCCCUCAACAUGGCCAAGGAGCACGAAAAGAAGCUCAAGGCAAUAGAGGCUGACACCAUCCGUCUCCAGGAGGAGUUGGCGUCUGCUGAGCGAGUCAAGAAACAGGCCCAGACAGAGAGGGAUGAACUGCAGGACGAGCUCACCGGCCACAACUCUAAGAAUUCCCUGACGGUGGAUGAGAAGAGGAGGCUGGAUACUCGUAUCGCUAAGCUAGAGGAGGAAUUGGAGGAGGAGCAGUUGAACACAGAGAUGGUCAACGACCGCUUGAGGAGAAAUAUGCUGCAGACCGACCAGCUGGUCACGGAGUUGACAGCGGAGCGCAGUACCGCCCAGCGCCUGGAGGGGACCCAGGCCCAGCUGGACCGGCAGAACAAGGAGCUGAAGCUCAAGCUGCAGGAGCUAGAGGAGACUGUAAAGUCCAGGUACAAGGCCUCUAUCACUGCCCUGGAGGCCAAGAUACUGCAGCUGGAGGAGCAACUGGACUUGGAGUCCAAGGAGCGUCAGCAAUCGUCCAGGCUGGUCAGGCGUGCUGAGAAGAAGCUGAAGGAGGUGCUGCUGCAGGUGGAGGACGAGAGACGCAACACGGAGCAGUACAAAGCAGAGGCGGACAAGGCGAACAACCGCACACGUCAGCUAAAGCGUCAGCUGGAGGAGGCAGAGGAGGAAGUGACACGGGCCAACGCCAACCGCCGGAAGCUGCAGAGGGAGCUUGAGGAUGCCACUGAGUCGCAAGACGCCGUGACCCGAGAGGUCAGCACCCUGAAGAGCAAGCUCCGGCGCGGGGACUUGCCUUUAAACAUGCGCCGGGUCAUGAAUCGCACGGGCAUGGGGGACAGUGAUGAGGAGAUGGAUCUGCCCAGCGACGCAUCCAAGCCUAUACCUGAGUGAGAUGAACGUGACAGGAGAGCAGCCAACUUUUACAGGGACCAUACUGGAAAUGCAACAUCUCUCAUAGCUAUAGAAUGAACUAUUUAAAUCUGACUGCUCAUUCAGCCAGGCUUGCGAUCAUACAAAUAAUUCUAUACCAAGAUUUAUACUUAUUCUCUUCAAUGUCCAUUUUUGACUAUCUGUUUUGUUCAGGUAGAUCUGAGAUCGUUCUCCUGGAUUUACUAAUGCACAUUUGAAAUCUGUACAACGCAGUUUGUGCAAAACAAAUCUGUGGCCAAAUUGAUAUAUUUUGUUAUGAACGUGACUUUUUAAAACGUUUUUUUACAAAUGUAUGUGACAUUCUCGAUCCAUUUUUGUGCUCUGCCAUCUUCAUUAUACAAAGUAUAUUAUUCAGACAUGGUUUAGCAGCUUAAAUUGUUAGUGUGGCUAGAAUACACCAAAAAAAAAACUGGAACUUGUGUGAUACUGUUUCUGCUGUCUUUUGCUGUGCACAUAGAUUUAUUUUCUUUAUGGAUGCAGUAAUUUAAUAUGGUUUAGUGUUUUUUUUUUUACUGCUAUUAUCUGCACGCACAGCUAUACUUCUCUAUUAAUCCACAUAUUGUAGUACUUGCAUCACGUUAGGACACGAGGUUUGCACACAGUUAUUCCAUCUGCUGAUAGAGCCUGCACUUUAUAUGUAACGGUCACACUGGAGUAAAGUUUGUGCAUACACUGAGAAGAACUACAGCCUUAACACUUGCAAAUCGUAUUAUGCUGAAGUGUGUGUGUGGGGAGGGGUCUUUUCCGAUGGUAAUUGGUGUCUUGAAAUUGACUGCUUUGCGUUGAUCCAUGUGCUCUGCUAAAUAGGGAAAAUGGUGGUGGGUUAGAUGGCACACUGUUCUUUGCACAUGGGUGGCAGUGAAUACUACAUGGUGUGAAUUCUACUUAAUAUCUAAGACUAGAUACUCUUUAAUCUAGCUCUGUCACUUUAAUUUGCUUUUAUCGCACUUUCACAUAUUUUAAUUAUUGAGUGCUUAUAGAUAUUCUGCAAGCUAUAGUAGGGAUGGCUGCUUUUGCUAAAUUUUCACUCCGGUUUAAUGAAUUGUAACUGAGGGGUAUAUUGACUUAUUUCAGAGUAUUUUGUAUUUUAUCAGAUGCUAUGUUUCAAUAAAGUUAUAUUUUAAAUGGAAA